AUGGCGGAGGUCCCAGAAGAUUACGAUUCGGGGCAGGAUGAAGAUGAGGACCCAAGUUCUGAGAGGCGUGAACUGCCUGAACUUCUUAAAAUGGAAGAAGAUGCCGCAACAGACACCAUUGCAGAGGCAGGCCCGCAACUACCCGUAGAGACUGACCAAGAGCCACAGCCGGAGACCUCAGAAACUGAGGAAGACGACUUCGACGGGGUGCCAGCGAAUGCUGAGAAUAUACAACUAAAACCAGCCAGGACGCCUGAAGGAGAAAUUUCUGUGGAGUCAGAUGAAGACCUAUCCAGUGAGACAGAGCCGCCAGAGAUUCCCCAAGAGACAUCCGGAGAGAGAGGAGAGCUCUUCAUUGAUUUGGAAGUCCCUGUGGAUGAAAAGUGUGAGGAACCAGACCUAGAGCCACAGGAGAAAACCAUGUCACGUGUUAAAGACGAUGUACUUACUGAGUCAGUUAAGGAAACAGAUCUAGAGCUACCAAAGAAAGCCAAGCCUGAAGUUCUAGGGGCCACACUCAAUGAGACAAGAUUACAGUUACUAGAGGAGCCCAAGCCAGGGAUUUCAGAAGAAUCAUUCAGAGAGCAACAUGAAGAGAUAGCUCUGGAGCCUCCAGAGCAGACAAAACCAGAAUUUCCCAGCGAUACACCAAGAAAAUUAGUUGAAGAAAUAGAUUUGCAGCCACCAGAGAUAACUAAGCCAGAGAAACCAGAAGAGACCCAAAGAAAGUCAAGUGAGGAUCAAGGGACAGAGCCACCUGAGCAGACUGCCCCAGAGUUUCCAGAGCAUACAUCAAGAAGGUCUCCUGAGGAGGCAAGUCUAGAGCCUCCAGAAGAGACUAAACCAGAGGUUCCAGAGGAGACUCAAAGGAAGUCAACUGAGGAGCAAGGAACAGAGCUACCUGAGGAGACAACACCUGAGUUUUCAGAGCAGAAAUCAAGAAAGUCUAUUGAAGAUAUACAAAGCUACUCCACUAAGGAAAGAGUCCCAGAGCCACUAGAGCAGAUCGAAUCAGAGUUUCCUGAGGAAAAACCAAGAAAACCAAUUAAAGGAACAGGUCUAGCACCACUAGAAAAGACCAAGCCAGAAGUUCUGGAGGAGACAACAAGAAAGCCAAAUGAGGAAAAUAUUCCAGCACCACCAAAAGACAAUGAGUUAGUGCUACCACAGGAGAUCACACCAGAGGUUCAAGAGGAGACACAAAGAAAGUCAACUGAGGAGAAAGAUCUAGAGUUACCAGAUGAAGCCAAAACACUGCUUAGAAGAGGGACACAUGUAGACUCUUCCAGGGAUGAUGUAUCAAAGCCAAUCAAGUUUCAGUAUUCUGGAGAAGCUGAUGAGCUAGAGCGCCCCAAGUAUCAAACAAGAAAGUUAUCAGAAAAAGAAAAGAAAGACUCUUUGUUAGUGUUUCACAGAGAAAGUGAAGCAGAAUUAACAGAAACCAAGUCUCAAAUGGACUUAGAAAAGUCCUUUAGUGAAAAGAAAGUUGUAGAUUCAUGUGAAGAAGUGAAGGAAGAUAAAGAAACCCAGCCAGAACAAAAGAUUAAGCUACAAUUUGAGUAUCUUAAAUGGAGCCCAAAAGAAGUUGCAGAGUGGAUUAGCCGACUAGGCUUCCCUCAGUAUAAGGGGUGUUUCACCACAAAUUUCAUCAGUGGCCAGAAACUCAUCCACGUAAACUGCUCUAACCUCCCUCAGAUGGGGAUAACCAAUUUUGAGGACAUGAAGGUAAUUUCUCGGCAUACUCGGGACCUACUAGGAAUCGAAGAGCCAUUGUUCAAACGCUCCAUCACUCUUCCCUACAGGGACACUAUAGGUUUGUUUUUAGAACAAAAAAGUCAUAGUGGGGUAAAGUCUAAUUCUUUGACCUUAUCCGAAUUUGUCCAAGCAGCAGGAUUACAGGAUUAUACUCCACAUAUAACUUCCUCUGAAGAGAAUUAG